AUGAGCACGACUAAGACACACUCAUACAAUCAUGACCCUUCAGGUGCCCAGGCUUCUCUGGCACCUCCAGCAUAUUCCGAGAUUGACCUUGCUCAUAUUCGACGCCUGUCAAUCAAUUCCGUUUCCUCUGACUCCGAGCCUCUGGAUGCUUCCGAACAGGAGGAACUGAAUGCGGCUCUCAAUAUCGAGCCGGGUACUGGCUGGAUACCCGAGCUACAUGCCACGAAUGGAAAUCUAUCAAGCCCCCUACAGAAACCGGUUGUGAUUCCACGCAUUGAUUUUGGGGGGCCUCUCAAAGUACCCUUGCCAUUCAUGCGAGCAUACUCUCCCGACCUUCGAGCUCAUGACAUCCACGAAGAAGACUUCGUGGGUUUUAUCGACAAUUUGACAGUUACACAGGGCCCUCCAGCCCCACUGGCCGCACUAAAUGCCGCAGGAACGAUAGUUGGCUAUGUACCCAACCACUGGGCUCAAUUGGCAGGAGGCAUCACCAACCUGACUGUGGGCGUGGGCUCGGCAGCAACACGAAUUAUUCGAUCGAAAGUAUUCCUCGAAAAGGUAAACAAGGAGUAUUUUGCGCCAAGAGGUCUGAAAGCUUCGGUGUGUAAGUCUAAGGACUUAUCCGUGAGAAUUGGCUGUGGCGAGACUCUACCAGAUUUACAACCUCGAGAUGUGAACUGGGAGAUGGAUAUUACGGCUCGCCGAAUGUCGGCUCUACAGCCCUACAUCGCGCCACUUACGUUUGACGUGCCACCCCCAACGAAAGAUCGAAACAUCAUAGAUCGACUCACAGAGAAGCAAAUUCAACGACGAGUGAAGAAGAAGGAGAAGAAGAAAGGGAAACGAGCAACGAAGAUGAGGAGGAAGCAGUCCCGUCAGGAACGAAGACAAUCGGAACGUAACGGCACGUCAGACUUAAUCGACUCCGACUCAAGUAGUUCAAGUUCCAGUUCCAGCUCCAGUUCCGGUUCCGACAGCGACAUGGAACACCUGAACAGAAAGGCUGAAAUUGUGUGUUCGAAAGCUGACGAGAAGCUGGAAGGAGCAAGCCACAAAGAGGCUAAGGACAUCCAGAAGAAGAGAGACGAAAAGCUACGCAAGAUUGAGGAAAGGAUGGAGAAGGCGGAAGAGUCUGAAAGAAAAAAGAAGGAGAAGACCGCUAAGAAGAGGGAGAAACGCGCCAAGAAGCGAGGAAAGCAUCACGCCAAGGAUCACAAAAAGGCUAACAAGAUGGAGUUCAUAGUGAUAGAGAGCUUGAAAAGCGAUUCAAGUAAUUGCGAAUAG